UGGAGUAGGACAAUUUUAAAGAGUCCAUAUUUAUCUAUCCCUCCCUCAACCUGCAAUUAUCGUACAAUAGCUCCAUGUAAUAUAAAGGGAGGAAGAAAGGAACUUUAGCCAGAAGAUAGGGAGUUGGAUUCCCUUGAUAAAAAGUUACUGUAUUAAAGACUAAAGCUUAGAGGUAGUAGUAGUAGUAGAAAGGGCAGCUAGCUAUAUUAUUUAUUUUAUGGCAAUUGCCCCAUUUACAAGCAUGAGCCAAAGCCAACAACAGCAAGAUGAGAGCAGCAGCAACAAUAGAGAUCAUGAUCAUGAUCAUGAUGCUGAUGAUGAGCAUGAACAUGACAUGGUCAUGCCUGGUUUUCGAUUCCACCCUACUGAAGAGGAACUUGUAGAGUUUUACCUUCGCCGUAAGGUUGAGGGCAAACGUUUCAAUGUAGAACUCAUCACUUUUCUUGAUCUUUAUCGCUAUGACCCUUGGGAACUUCCUGCCAUGGCAGCGAUCGGAGAGAAAGAAUGGUUUUUCUAUGUGCCAAGAGAUAGGAAGUAUAGAAAUGGAGAUAGGCCUAACAGGGUGACAACGUCAGGCUAUUGGAAGGCUACUGGAGCUGACAGAAUGAUUCGAAAUGAGAGUUGUCGGCCGAUUGGCUUGAAAAAGACAUUAGUUUUUUACUCUGGGAAAGCUCCCAAAGGCAUCCGUUCCAGUUGGAUCAUGAAUGAAUAUCGCCUCCCUCACCAUGAAACUGAACGAUUACAAAAGGCUGAAAUUUCACUUUGCCGUGUCUACAAAAGACCUGGAGUAGAAGACCAUCCAUCUCUCCCUCGUUCACUUCCCACAACAAGGGCAUCAUCCUCUUCAUCAAGAGCUCACCAUUCAAUUAUCAAGAAACACCACCAUCCACAAGUAGUACAAGAUUAUCGAUUACUCUCUCCCAAUUAUGUAGGACAAUCUAAUUCCCAGCAAAUCGACGAAAAAUUGAACGAAAAUAGUACUGCAAGUAGUACUAGCACUGAUCAUCAUCAUCAUCGUCAUGUUGGUACAUCUCUCAGGCUCAGUUCUCAUCAAAUAACAGCUCUCACAACAUCUACCAUAACACCAUUCUCUUCUUUAAUUUCACCUAAUAACACCGCAGUUGUUGAUGAUCUCCAUAGAUUAGUCAACUUCCAGAACCUUCACAAUCAUCAUCAGCAUUUUCAAAACCUCAGUAACCAUAAUAUUCCUGCAGCAUCGAUAGCAACCCAUCAGUUUUCUACAUUGUUGCAGCCACAAUUAGCACCACAACAGCCACAACCUAAUUUACUGCUUCAAGGAUCUCUUCAGCCGUCGGCUUUCUCGGAAAGAUUAUGGGAUUGGAACUCAGUUCAAACUGAUGCAAGUUGCAAAGACUAUCAACCCAAUAACCCCUUCAAUUAAUUAAUCUCAUCAAUAUUGAGCUGCACCUAUAUGCACAUAGACAGAUAAGUCUAUAUAAUAUCUGCUGUUGUUGCUGCCACUACUUUAAUUUGAUUUAAGUCUUCUUUUUCUCAUCUACUAAUAUUUUUAAUUAGCCAUCAUAAGUUAGUUAGUGCAGCUGGUCCAGAUUAUGUGGUAUCUUUUAUUAGGGUUUUGUGUUUAACUCAACUAGUAUUAAUUUUAAAUCACUACUGUAUUAGCUCUUAACUUAUAGAGCUUCUUAUAAUUAUGAUUGUAAUAAUUAGCUGUACUGGUCUUGAAGUAAAUAAAGUAGCAGCUAAUUUUAUGUUCUUA